CUCAUGUGACAUUUCUAGUUUAAUCAGAUUUUAGUCAUGAACAUGUUUCCAUAAAAUAAAUACUUUACAAUGUCUGGUCAUUUUUAUAAUUUUUUUAGCUUGACAAUUACAUAUAUUGUAGAGCUUUAGCCAGCGUUCUUACUAGUCUCAAGUUGUGCAUGUAAGUACUCUUCUCUAAAACUGCUAAGCCUAAUAUUUUCAAAUUUCAUAUUUCAUGAGAUGACGCCACAGAAUUUGUACUUAUUUCAGGAUAGAAGAACUCUUCAACAGCAGAUGACACACCAUUUGUUGAUGGCCAAGCUGCCAAUAGAGAUUUGGACCAUGAUUAUGAAAUUUGGUGAUGUCCCAGAAAAAUUCUAUAGAAAUCUAAUGAGGUUAGAUGACGAAAGCCUGCUGGAGACCUGCCUUGAGGUAUUACUCACUGAAGGGCCAGGGAAAUUUAGGUUGAAAGUGAAAGAAUAUAUUGAUAUGGGACACACCAGGUCCAAGAGGAAAACAAAAAAGGUGUCUAGUAGCACUCCUAACACUCCGACUCUAUCAGAUGACAACUUUGUCACAGAAAUGGAAGUUGAUUCAAAUCCUACAGAUAUGGAUGAUACCAUACAGGCACAGUUAGACACAAUGACAGCCAAAUAUACAGACCUUAAGACAAAGUUCAGCACCCUGCAGCAAGAAAAUGAGAGCUUGAAAGAAGAGAUAGAGAAGUUGAGAAGAAAUCAAAAUGAAUCCCAGAGAGAAACUAAAAGACAAAGAGUCGUAACAGAUGAUGAGUACUGUGCUGGGGAAACAGUAAAGGCAUUUUGGCGUGAUGAGGAUGGGGAAAGUUGGUUAGACGCAACAAUCUUGACAGUUUAUGCUGAUGGCAAGACCUGCAAAGUGAAGUAUCAUGUCGACAAUGGUAUUUCAAAGUUGGCCAGAUCCUGGAUAAGAAAGAUUUAAAGUGGACUUUCACACCAGUGUACACCAGUGUUUCAGAUGAUUUUGCCCAUUCCAACAUAACUCAUUUGACAGUAUCCCCUAUGCUGAAUGACUUGCAGGCUAAAAUGAUGUCAUUUUUGUUAUGUUAAUUUUCUGUGUUUUUUAUUUAAUGCGCUAGCAUAAGAAAACGUGCUAUGAGGAAAGUAUUUCUUUUAGACUUUAUUUAAAUGAUGCAUGAAAAAUUAUCUACCACUAGUUGUAGAUGCAGACUUAAAUAUCUGGGGCACUUGGGGAAUUAAUUAUAUUGGUAAGUCAGACAAGCCUUGUUACCACCAAAA